AUGUGCGCGGCCCAGGCGGCGGGCACAUCUGCUUUCCCCCCCUUUUCCCCCCUUUUCCCGUCGGACGGCGCGGAGCUGCAGGAGUGGUGGACCAGGGCACGAGAGAUCGUCAAGGACGCUCAGUUCGACCUCUUCUCCGACGUCCACGUCUACGGCUACUAUGUCAUCGCCAUUCUGCUGGUCGUGUAUGGGCCUAGUGAAGGGCCAAGAGCCAAAGCCAUGUUCGAACAGCUCCUGAAGGAUGGCAAGGACAACACCCAUGUCUCGGAAUACCGCACCCACAUCGACUACAUGGACGAGGUUAGAGGCCAUUUCGAUUUCAACGGCGGCGCCCUCGGUCGCUUGGUGGACAGCAUCAAGGACACUCUUGAUCCAAACGGUAUCCUGUCCCAGAGCAAAUCGGGGGUCUGGGCAGGUGUCAGGAAACCCAAGGUGGUUCUUGAAGAUUGA